AUGCUGAGCUGGUGCCUGGUGGCCACAGCCACGACGGACUUGCAAAGCAAUCGCCUCGUGAUAUCGCGACAACUUGCAUUGCUUGUCAUGGCUGCUAGGUACGACAACGUGAACAACUAUGAGGAGAAGAUGCCGCACGCCAAGACGGUGCACCCGUCGCCGGAGCAUUUCUACCCGCCGCACGUCGCGCUCGGCGCCAUCGGGGACAAGCCCAAGGCGGAGCUCAUCCACCAUAGCUGGGCCGAAGCCAACAUGUCAUACGCCUCAUACCAUUUCACCACGAAGGACUAG